CACAACAUUAUAUACGUGUUCCAAGAAUACAUACUUUAAAUAAUACACCAUUUGCAGCUGAAGUUCUGGUCAGGUGUUCAGAGUAUUUUUAAUUUUUUUUAUACAUAGUAUACCUGGAAACCCUACUCUCCAUUAUCCUUUCGUAUAAAAAUUUCUACUCUCUCUUCGUCGCACCGUUCUGUAUCGUAGAGUCUUCGGCAUUUAUAUGGACGAGGUCCGACCGAGUUUCCGGUGCUCCGGCGGCGAUCGGAGGCUAGAGAUUGUGAGUGGAAAAGGGUUUGCUGGCAAUCUGAUGUAUACAACGAGUCGGCCUCGCUCGCCCGAUCUGCCAUCGAUUCCUCCUUAUGUGAGUCGAUCGAGUCAGGUCGCGAAGCCCUGGGGAUUCAAUGACCCAGAGAUGAAGAGAAAGAAGCGCAUAGCCAAGUAUAAGGUUUAUACUAUUGAAGGCAGGUUUAAAGCUUCGAUCAAGAAUGGGAUUCGUUGGAUGAAGAAUAAGUGCUCUGCAAUCAUCCCUGGCUAUUAGAGUUCACAAGGAGACCAAGGUAAGAGAAAUUUACCUCUUCUUUUAGGGGAAAAAAAACCCUGCAAUUCCAGAGAAGCUUUUGUUUUCUUGAUAAUCCAUUUGCAGAACCAACCUGCUUGUUUUGGAAAUUUGUAAACUGGAUUUCUAUGG